UGCUUGUUUUCAUUAUUCGACAAGUUAUUAUUAAUUGUUUGAUUCCACAAUUGUAUUUUCAAUUUUUUUUAAAAUAGAACUAUAUAAUACAUAAAUGGCUCCGAGAAUUAGUAGUUGGCCUGUAUGGAAUAAUUUAAUAAGUACAGAUAACAAUAUAAGAUCGGCAGACAGUUGGAUUGAAGCACGCCGAAAGGAAGAUGGCGCAGACGGGUUAUGGAGAAUUUACGAUGGAUUGUAUGAUCUUAAACAAUGGAUAUAUAAGCACCCCGGAGGAUCACAAUGGCUAGAAAUUACAAAAGGUACGGAUAUCACAGAGUUAUUUGAAACGUAUCAUGUUAAUCAAAAAGCCGCAACGAAAGUGUUGCGUACAUUCUACGUGUGUCAAGCAAAGAUACCGAGGAAAUCACCUUUCACGUUCAAACCCGAUGGAUUUUAUAAUAUAUUGAAGUCUAGAGUUAAUAAGAAAUUAUCUGAUAUUAACCAUCGUGAUAUUUCAAUUAAAUCUAAACUGGUUAUCGAUACUUGGUUCUUCGCAACACUAAUCCUCUGCGCGACGGUCGCUCAAACGCAAAGCAAAUUUUUGGCCUUAUUAGCGGGUAUCAGUUUGGCGCUUGGAACCGUUGCCAGUCAUAAUUUCACUCACCUUAAGGACAAUUGGAGGAUGUAUUACAUGCAGCUAAGCAUGUUUUCAGUGCGAGAAUGGAGAAUAUCGCAUGUAAUCAGUCACCACGUUUACACCAAUACUGUACAAGACUUAGAGAUGACAUUGUUGCAUCCGUUUAUUCAUUGGUUUCCGACCAAUGACAAACCACCAUUAGUUCGGUAUGUGCCGUAUCUCACUCUCAUUGUAUAUCCUCUCAUUGCACCAGGACAAUUUGUCAUUAGAACGUUUAAACGCAAGAAUGAUAAAGCCGACCUUCUAAUGUUCGUUAUACCUGUUAUAUUGAUGCUGUGUGGCAAUAUGACCAUUGGUUCAGUGUUUAAUAUGUGGCUUAUUAUGAUACUGACGAGUAGCUUUGUGUUUUCAUUCCUUGGAUUCAGCGUUUCUCAUCAUUUUCCUAAUAACUUCCAUGACGGAGACAAUAUCAAUGGUAAAGACAUCGAUUGGGGACUUCAUCAAAUUGACACCAGCGUGGAACGAAAUGAAAUAACUGAUAAUAUAUUUGUAUCUUUGGUAACAUUUAGUGAUCACACAUUGCAUCAUUUAUUUCCAGCUUUAGAUCACAGUUUAAUACCAUUCUUACAAGGUACUUUCCUAAAUACAUGUGAAGAAUUUGGAUUGGAUAGAGCAUCGACACCAUUCACAUCUAUUAUACGCGGACAGUUUAAACAAUUGGUUCGCCUGACUCCAAACAAUCCGAAGAGAAAACAUUGUUUAAACUGACUUAAAUGAAAAAUGUUAUGUUUUAUUUUAAAACUUAAAUUAUUAAGCCAAUUUAGCAA